AUGCCGGUCUUGCAGCAACACUGUGACUUCUUCGACACGGACAGAGAUGGCAUUAUAUGGCCCAGCGAUACGUUCGUGGGAUUCCACAAGCUCGGGUUUGGAAUUCUCCUCUCUCCACUCGCUGUCUUUAUCAUCCACACCAACUUCUCGUAUCCCACCGUGCCAGGCCGGCUUCCAGACCCGCUGUUCCGCAUCUACGUCAUUAACCUCCACAAGGACAAGCACGGCAGUGACACUGGCACCUAUGACACCGAGGGCCGAUUUGUGCCACAGAAGUUUGAGGACAUGUUCGCCAAAUAUGCGGAUGGAAAGGACAGUCUCAGCAUCUGGGAAGUCUGGAAGUUACUCGAGGGCCAGCGAUUGAUAGCAGACCCCAUCGGUUGGUUUGGCGCUUUCUUUGAAUAUGGCUGCAUGAUGAAAGAAGACAUCCGCAGGGUAUACGACGGCAGCAUAUUCUACACCAUUGCAGCUCGACGGGGGAGAGACGAGCCAGCUUCGACGGGAGAUUUUGGCACGAGACAAGCGGUAUCAAAGGGUUAG